AAAAGCCACUGUAAUAAAAAAUAAAAUGUCACAUUCCCCUAAACCCAUACCGAAAACAUCCCCAACUGAUAACACCAGCAAACCAGAUUUCCGUGAACUACAUUUGGGCUCCCCUGUUUCACCUUUACAGCCCGUGCCAUCACCUAGCACUAGCUCUAGCUCAUCUGGGUCAGUACCGGGCCAACAUGAAAAACGAGUUCAUUUUCAUUCCAGUCCUAGAAAAUCACAUUCUAGAAAAUCACAUUCUAGGGAGUUGUCGGUUGAUAGCCCCCCAACUUCUUCAACCGGCAACUCCCCUGUUCCUAAAUCGGGCCAACAGGCCCGUUCGUAUUUAAAGACUGGUAUGAUGACCAAUCAGAUUACCAAACCAGAAGUUCUGAGUUUAGGAAGUUGUAAUUAUGGCCAUGGCAGCAUAAUCCGUAGCGGUUCAUUUAAUAAGUCUUCCGGGCCCGAAACAGAGUCCCCUGUUUCUGUUGUUUCUAAGUCUCCCGGGUCAGAAACAGAGUCCCCUGUUUCUGGUGUUUCAAAGCCUUUAAGUUCAAGAAAAUUAGUUGUGGAGGGUGACGAGUUGAAAAAAUUAGGAAAUGAGGAGUUUAAAAAGGGAAACUAUGCAUUGGCAUUGAGAUUUUAUGAUCGGGCUAUUUCGGUUUCACCAAAAAAUGCUGCUUACCAUACUAGCCGUGCAACGGCAUUGUCGUGUUUAAAUAGAUUGAGUGAAGCUGUUAAAGAAUAUGAGGAAUCAAUUAGAUUGGAUUGUGAAUACAUGAGGCCUCACCGUCGUUUAGGUUAUCUUCUUAUUAGCUUAGGGCAGGUGGAAAAUGCUAGGAGACAUCUUUUUUUUCCAGGGUCCCAACCGGAUCAAAACGAGCUCAAAAAGUUGCAAUCGGUUGAGAAACACAUAAAUAAGUGCGCCGAGUGUAGAGGGGUUCGUGAUUGGGCUGGUGUUUUAAGGGAAUGUGACGCUGCAAUCGUUUCCGGGGCGGAUGCUUCUCCCCAGCUAUUUGCAUGUAAAGCAGAAGCGUUCUUGAAGCUCCAUCGACUUGAUGAGGCUGAUUUAAGUGUGACAAAUGUGGUUUAUAUGGAAUCCUUUUGUAGCUUUUCGUGUUCCCAAACAAAUCUUUUCGGGAUGGCUCUUGAAGCAUACAUUUUGUUUGUUCGUGCUCAGAUUGACAUGGCCUUCGGAAGAUUCGAGAAUGCAGUUAUUAGUAUUGAAAAAUCAGGACAGAUUGACCCACAAAACAUUGAGGUUGCGACACUGCUUCAAAACAUAAGAUCAGUGUGUAAAGCUCGAGAUCGUGGAAAUGAUAAUUUCAAGUCAGAAAGGUUUACAGAAGCUUGUUCGACUUAUGGGGAAGGGCUUAGGCUUGAUCCUUCAAAUCCAGUUCUCUACUGUAAUCGAGCAGCCUGCUGGUUUAAGCUUGGAAAGUUGGAACGAUCGCUUGAUGACUGUAAUCAAGCACUUCUUAUCCAUCCAACCUACAAGAAAGCACUUCUACGUAGAGCGGCCACAUAUAGUAAGCUUGAGCGGUGGGCCGAGUCCAUCAGAGAUUAUGAAGUGUUAAGGAAAGAAAUUCCCGAUAACAAUGAAAUAGCUGAAUCGUUGUUCCAUGCUCAAGUUGCAUUGAAAAAGUCCCGUGGUGAAGAAGUAUGCAAUAUGAAAUUUGGAGGUGAAGCUGAAUUGAUAACGAGCCAUACGCAGUUCAAAUCUGCAAUUGCUUCCGCUGGAGUUUCUGUUGCUGUUUUUAGAUCAUCAUCUGACGCCAGAUGUAAGCAGAUGUCUCACUUUCUGGACACAUUAUGUACCCGGUACCCUUCCAUAUUAUUCCUGAAGGUUGAUAUCGAAGCAAGCCCGUUUUGUGCAAAAGCAGAGAAUGUAAGUAUUGUACCAACAAUCAAGAUUUACAAAAAAGGUCACCAUAUAAAAGGACCGGUAUGCCCAACUCAAGAAGCAUUGGAAUCAUUAGUGAAGUAUUACAACUCAUAAGGAUCAUAUCAGUCAAACUGGUAACUUCUUGAUUCAUCGCAGUCACUCCACAUAAUUUUAUCACUUCUCUACAUUCUACUGCUUAUAAAGCCUGGUAAUCGAAUCAUCAAGUGCCAGAAUUUGAAGGCAACGUGAAGAGAAAGCAGGAGUGCGUAAGUUGGUGUUCGUUAAAUUUGUAUUAUUUAUUCUUUUUAAAACACCGGUAGUAUGUUGUCCCCAAUGUAGUCUAUUUCAUUCAUUUCACAGUCAUCAAAAGUGGGUGCCUAGACGUAUAUAUGUGAAGAUGGUGAUACAAAAAAAGGGCAACAUUUGGGAGAAAUUGGAUUAUGGAGUUUGAGAGAUUAUUUGUAUUUGCAGGUUUCUUGAUUAUUCUAUAUAUGGACAUAACUUGUCAAUUA